AUGGAACAAGAAGAUUGUACUGAAUAUUUUGACUCUGCCGAGGAGAUUGAAGAAAAGAUCAAAUGGGUCAUUGACUAUGUGAAGGAUUCUAAACAUUUGGUUAUUUAUACGGGGGCUGGUAUUUCUACGGAGAGUGGUAUAAUUGAUUAUAGAGGUCCGAAGGGAAUUUGGACCAUGUUGAAGCAAGGGAAGGAACCAGUCAAAUCUGUUCCUUUCAUCAAGUUUCCAACAAAAUGUCACAUGGCAAUAUCAGAAUUGUACAAACAAAAAAAGUUGAAAUAUCUCACUUCACAAAAUGUUGAUGGACUUCAUUUGGAAUCUGGAAUUUCAAGAGAUUGUAUGAGUGAAAUUCAUGGAAAUACAAAUAUUGAAAUUUGUAAAGAAUGUGAAAUUGAAUAUGUUAGAGAUUAUUCAGUUAGAAAUAAUAAGGAAGUGCAUGAGCAUACAACUGGAAGAUUUUGCAAUAAGUGUGGAAAGGAAUUGUUUGAUACUAUUGUCAAUUUUAACGAUCCACUGGAUCAGAAGUGGUUCGAAAGGGCUUUGGAACAUUCGAAAUUGGCAGAUGUGGCAAUUGUUCUUGGAACUAGCUUGAAGGUAUUGCCAAUUUGCGAUUUGCCACAAUUGUGUAAAUUCAACACUUACGGACAUAAGGGAAAAUUAAUAAUUGUAAAUUUACAAACCACACCAAAGGAUAUUUAUGCAGAUGUGAAAAUCAAUAUGAAAACAGAUGAAUUUAUGGAGAGGUUAAUGAAUGGAUUAGGAUAUCAGAUACCGACCUAUGUUGCCUCAAAAUCUUAUCUGCUCUCUAUUCAAAAACAACAAGAAGAGCUUUCGUUUGAUUGCCAAUUCAGAUCAGAAAAGAAUGGAAAUAGAAUUUCAUCAUGGUUUAAGAAUGUUUCAUUCAAAUUCCUUGAUUCAAACAAUCAGGAAAUAUCUCAAACAUCCAUAGAUAAGGGAGAAUGCAAAGUGAAUAAUAUUCCGCUCAACACUUCAUCUAUUAUUGUGUCUGGCAUCCUAAAAUUAAAAUCAAAACCAUCUGAAGAAGAUAAUGAUGAGUCAUAUAAUGUGGAAUGUCAAUUCACAUUUCCAGAUAUCAAACUUGAAGGUCAACCUAUUAUUUCUCCUAGUGAAAAUCUCAUAGAUCUUAGACAUGCGUUCCUUGCCUAUCGACCAGAUAAUUUCACCCUAAAAACAAAGACAAUAAUUGCUGCCAAAUCUACCACUCGGAAUUUCAUCAAGGGGAAUUAA